AUGGUGAUCACUGUGCUUGAUCAUGAGUUUCAGAAUGAAUUAUGUGAAAGUGACUCUGAAUAUCCCCCCAAAAAGGUGGAAGGUGGAGAAGUAGAUGAUGAUGGCAAGCCCAAAAGAACUGGGACAGUGUGGAAUGCAUGUGCACAUAUAAUCACAACAUCAAUAGGUGCUGGGGUGCUUUCUCUGGCAUGGGCAAUGGCUCAACUUGGUUGGGUUGCUGGCAUUUUCAUUCUCUUAUUUUGCACCUUAGCUGCCCUUUAUGCUGCCACUCUCUUAGCAGAUUGCUAUAGAUUUCCAGACCCAGUUACAGGCAAGAGAAAUUACUCUUACAUGGAAGCUGUCAAAGCCUAUUUAGGUGGAAGAAUGUACAAGUUCUGUGGAUGGAUGUUGUAUUUAAAUCUCGCUACAAUCGGAGUCGGCUUUACUAUUACUACAGCUAAAAGCAUGGUGGCUAUACAGAAAUCGAAUUGCCAUCGAAAAAAUGGUGGUGAUGACCCAUGCAUGUUCUCCAAUAUUCCACACGUAGUUGGGUUUGGAAUUGUUGAAAUUCUCUUAUCUCAACUCCCAAACUUUCACAAGAUCUCUUGGCUCUCAAAGCUUGCAGCAAUUACGUCUUUUGGUUACGCCUCUAUCGGAAUUGGACUUUCCCUAUCCAAAAUCAUAACGGGGCAUGGAGGAAAAACCUCUGUUGCAGGAGUGGACCCAUCUUCAUCCGAUAAGAUUUGGAGGAUGUUUGCAGCAGCUGGAGAUGUUGCAUUUGCUUGUUCAUAUGCUCUGGUGCUUUUUGAUAUCCAAGACACGCUCAAGUCAUUGCCACCAGAGAACAAAGUGAUGAAGAAGGCUGUCUCAAUUGGGGGGUUAAUUAUGAUAAUAUUCUUCAUCAUGUGUAGUACCUCGGGUUAUGCUGCAUUUGGUGACAAGACCCCAGAAAAUCUGCUGGCUGGUUUUGGAGACGAUAUGGCCUUUUGGCUAGUUGAUUUGGCCAAUGUUUUUAUUGUGGUGCACAUAGUUGGUGCAUAUCAGGUACUUUGCCAACCGGUCUUCCGAAUUGUUGAAUUACUGGCUGGAAGAAGGUGGCCAAAGUCCAAGUUCAUAAACAGAGAGAACCCAGUUAGAUUUGGAAAGAUCAGAUUCAAUAUCAACAUGUUUAGGCUGUCAUGGAGAACAGCAUAUGGGGUGGUGGUCACAAUUGUAGCCAUUGCUCUGCCUUUCUUCUCAGACAUGCUUGCCCUCCUUGGAGCCAUUGGCUACUGGCCACUUAUAGUCUACAUCCCACUGGAGAUGCACAUUGCGCAGAAAAAGAUUGGGAAGCUAACAAUUCGAUGGUUUGGGCUCCACUUGUUGAGCUUUCUGUGCUUGCUUCUUUCCUUGGCUGCAGCAUCUGGUGCCAUUCAUGGUCUUUACAAGGGCCUCAAUGCUUACAAGCUCUUCCAAUUUAAAGAGUGA